CGUUCGGCUUCGAAACGACGGACAACGGAUACGUCUCUCGGGCAUCCGACAUGGCGUCUCACGGAAAGGAAGUCGCGGCGCCCCUCCUCUCCUCCUCCGGUGCUCGUGACUCCGACGAUGAGUCCGAGAGAGCGUACGAAUCCGACGAGAAGGUGGAGAUCUCCACAUCCGAUGACGAGUUCUCGCCGGCGGCCGGCGCCCUAGACGGACCCCCGCGGCCCUUCUCGUGGCGGAAGCUGUGGCGCUUCAUGGGCCCGGGCUUUCUGAUGUGCAUUGCAUUCCUGGAUCCUGGGAACCUCGAGGGCGAUCUCCAGGCGGGGGCCAUCGCGGGGUACUCCCUCCUCUGGCUCCUCCUCUGGGCGACCGCCAUGGGGCUCCUCAUCCAGCUGCUGUCGGCGAGGCUAGGGGUGGCAACUGGUCGGCACCUGGCAGAGCUCUGCCGAGAGGAGUACCCCCAGUGGGCGCGACUGGCGCUGUGGCUGAUGGCCGAGACCGCCUUGAUCGGUGCCGACAUCCAGGAGGUCAUCGGGAGCUCCAUCGCCAUCAAGACACUUAGUGGUGGGGCGAUUCCGCUCUGGGUAGGGGUAGUCAUCACUGCUUUGGAUUGCUUCAUCUUUUUGUUCCUUGAGAACUAUGGCGUGAGGAAACUGGAAGCUUUCUUUGGAUUUCUCAUUGCUACAAUGGCUGUUUCAUUCGCUGUAAUGUUUGGCCAAACCAAGCCCGAUGUGAUCGAGCUUCUAAUAGGUGUCGUAGUACCAAAACUAAGUUCAAGAACCAUACGGCAAGCCGUGGGAGUUGUGGGUUGUGUGAUCAUGCCGUAUAACGUUUUCUUGCAUUCUGCUCUUGUACAGUCGCGAAAAGUCGAUACUCGAAAGGAAAGUCGCAUUAGAGAAGCAAUCAACUACUAUUCCAUUGAAUGCACUCUUGCUCUCGUUCUUUCGUUCUUGAUCAAUGUUUGUGUAACCACAGUGUUUGCAAAGGGAUUUUAUGGCAGCGAGGUAGCAAGGAACAUAGGCCUAGAGAAUGCUGGUAACUUCUUGCAAGAGAAGUAUGGUGGCAAGAUCUUUCCUAUCCUAUACAUAUGGGGAAUUGGGUUAUUGGCAUCUGGGCAGAGCAGCACCAUAGCAGGCACUUAUGCUGGACAAUUUAUCAUGGGGGGGUUUCUGAAUCUUCGGUUGAAGAAGUGGGUUCGAGCACUGAUUACCAGAAGCUGUGCCAUUGUUCCCACCAUUGUAGUUGCUCUGUUCUUCGACACCGGGGAAGCUACCAUGGAUAUUUUGAAUGAGUGGCUUAAUGUGCUUCAAGCAAUUCAGAUACCAUUUGCACUAAUUCCACUCCUAACACUGGUUUCAAAGGAACAGGUUAUGGGAACCUUCAGGAUUGGCCGUGUUACUGAAGUUGUUACCUGGGUGGUAGUGGCAUUUCUGAUAAGCAUCAAUGGUUACCUUCUCCUCAAUUUCCUCUCUGCUGAAGUGAAUGGCUCCCUCAUGACUUCCAUUCUCUGUGCCGCCCUGGCGAUAUACGUGUCAUUUGUCAUCUACCUCAUCCUUCAGGGCAGUUCUUUGCAUUCUCGGCUUGCCUUGGCUGUCCGGAAAAGCUUCUCCACUGGCAAUUCAAUGGUGUAGGUUUUGCAACCAAGUCACAGGAAGCAACCUUCACCCAAGAGAAAAUGUCAUGAAGCUCUGAUGUCUUCUCUGAUACACGAAUCAGUAACUUCUCGUACUAAAACUAGACUCUGGACUGCAUAUAGUGUAGGUAUCUUUUAUUGAAUUUAUUCUCCUAUUUCUGAAGCAAAGAUUUGAAAUCUGUAGAUCUCUCUAAUUUGGUGGAAAGCUAUGCUUGAUUUGGUGCAGACAAAUACAUGUUGAUCAAGCAAACCACAAAUCAUUCAUGGCUUAGAUGUAAGCAUCAACAUCCACCAAAGAGAUUGUGCUUCUAUUCUUUGGUUAGAGCCAAUGGUGAUUAAUGUAUGAAUUGUAAUAAGAUUUGACAUAAGGAAUUCACACCUAUACGAGACUAUUUUGA